AAGAGCCCAGCUGACACGCGAAGACAGUUCCAGCGUCUGGGGAAGUUGGGGGUUUGGUUCUUUUUAUUUCACCAGAGUCUGAACUCACUUGGCAUGAGAGGCAAACAAAACUGACUUGGUUCUCAACCCAAAUGGAGUUUAAAAUCCAGCACAGAAGGAAAACACCCAAGUAACUGUUACAGGAAAAAAAUCUGAAGACAUAAAGAACUACACACAAGGAACAUGUCACUUGGCACCUUCACUUUUUGAUCCUCACACACCGUGACCAUGACGACUACUUCAAUCAGCAGCUGGCCUUGCUCCUCCCACGGAAUGCGCUUUAUAACUAAUCACGGCGACCAAUCACCCAAAAAUCUCUCAGAAGCAUCAAAUGUAACCUGCUUCAUAGAUGACAAAUUACUAUCCACUGUGUUAGCAACAUUCUAUUCUGUUAUUUUCAUCAUCGGACUGGUUGGGAACAUAAUCGCCCUCUACGUAUUUCUGGGAAUUCACCGCAAAAGAAAUUCCAUUCAAAUCUAUCUGCUGAAUGUAGCCAUUGCAGACCUUCUACUCAUCUUCUGUCUUCCUUUCCGAAUAAUGUAUCAUAUUAACCAAAACACAUGGACACUAGGUGUAAUUCUUUGCAAGAUUGUGGGAACGCUAUUUUAUAUGAACAUGUAUAUUAGCAUUAUUUUGCUUGGAUUCAUCAGCUUGGAUCGCUACAUAAAGAUUAACCGGUCAAUACAACAACGGAAGGCAAUUACAACCAAACAAAGUAUUUAUGUUUGCUGUACAGUAUGGACAGUUGCUCUUGCUGGAUUUUUAACUUUGAUUAUUUUAACGCCUAAGAAAGGAGACCAUAAUUCCACAAUGUGUUUCCAUUAUAGAGAUAAGAAGGAUGCAAAAGGAGAAGCAAUUUUCAACUAUGUUCUUGUGGUAAUGUUCUGGCUAAUUUUCCUACUAAUAAUCCUUUCAUAUAUUAAGAUCGGCAAGAACCUACUGAGGAUUUCUAAAAGGAGGUCAAAAUUUCCUAAUUCUGGUAAAUAUGCCACUACAGCCCGGAAUUCCUUUAUCGUACUUAUCAUUUUUACUAUCUGUUUUGUUCCCUAUCAUGCCUUUCGAUUCAUCUACAUUUCUUCACAGCUACAUCCACCACCGUGCUACUGGAAGGACAUUGUUCACAAAACCAACGAGAUCAUGCUGGUUCUCUCAUCUUUCAACAGUUGCUUAGAUCCUGUCAUGUAUUUCCUGAUGUCCAGUAACAUUCGCAAAAUAAUGUGCCAACUUCUUUUCAGACGAUUUCAAGGCGAAUCAAGCAGGAGUGAAAGCACUUCAGAAUUUAAGCCAGGAUACUCCCUGCAUGAGACAUCUGCAACAACUAAAAUGCAGACUAGUUCUAAAGACACUUGAGGUAAACAUUCCAGAAAGACUGAUACAACCCAGCCUCUUAACUCCUUGAAGAACUAAAAACUUACGAAACAAAGCUCUAGUAUUCACAAAACUGAGAUCUUCUCAAAGCUCUGUAUUUGUGACGAUUUCAUUUGCUUAAUUGUAGACUAUUUCAAGGCAAAGAAAAGCGUAUACUCAUCACUAGAUUUUAAAUCUGUAUGUAAAAUCUUUUCAAAAUACAUUAAGCUAACACUCUUAGAUUAUAAAGUUAAGUGAGAUUCAUGAAUUUAAAAACAAAAUAAUUAAAGGAAGUGAGAUAGUUUUUCAAGUCACUAACAUACUUAUUAAAAUCAAGCACUUGAUUCUAAUUUAAAGUAUGUUUAAAAGUAAGAAAGAUGAUUGGGGACUGACUUAAAAUGUCAGAAAAUAUAUGUUCAUUUGGUAUUUAAGAAGCUUGUAUGAUUUGCCACUAUACUAAAUUAUGGCUAAGCCUCAAUAACAGAUAAAAUGAUAAUUAAUAAAAUUCCAAUAAUA